UGGAGCAUAGUUUAGGGUCUUAUCAUGGACAGAGCAAUUUCUAUGACAAAUCAGUUGGUAUGUAUAGCCAGCAGGAGCCUAAUCGCACGCAUGAAGGUGUAAGGAGCUAUCCGAGUAGCUCUACAAAGGAAAAACCUAAGAAUAAGCAAUUAUUUAUAAAUAGCGACAGUGUUGAAGGAAUGAGCAAUGGAUUUGUAAAAUAAAAAGACUAUGAAACCUAUUAGGAAUCUCAAGACGGUUCAAUUCACUAUAAAGAUCAACAGAGAAAAUAAUGAAACUAGGCUCUUCUCCAUUUUUAGCUGAGAUACUUCAGAAGAAGCUGCUAAAAAACUAGCUACUAAUUUAAAACUUGAAGAUUUCCACAUUCCAUACUGGGCUGCAUAUAUUGAAGAACGACGACUAGACUUAGGAAUUAAAAAUUAUGGACCGAACAGCCCAGACCGGGGAUAUAAUAAUUACGGAGAUUCUGGGCAGAAAAGCAAAAGCACCACUCCUCCACUAGGCAAGGGAGAUCGGAACAACAACUAUAAGAACUCUAGAGGAAAGCCAGGCAAAAAGAAAUGGGAUGAUAAUAAAGGCAACAAGGAUCAUCGGAAAAAUUCAGGCGUUCCUCAAAACGAAGGUGAAGAAGCCAAAGGACCUCCUAAGAAUAAUGAUAAGGCAAGAAAUAAUAAGUAUAAACCAAAGGGGAACAAAUAAAAACCAUAAGAAUUCUAAUAAUUUUGAGGAGGAGAAGUCCAGUAAGGUAGGUGAGAAGACUUCUCACCAAAGGCCUCCGAAUACUAAGUCAAAUAAUAAAAAUACUGAUGAUUCAGGUAAUAAUAAGCCAAAAAGCAAGAAUAAUGAUAAGAGUAACACUAAGGCUCAUGAGGGUAAGCAGAAAGCAGACAAGCAAAAUAAAUAGCGGAGGUUAUUAAGACAAGCAAGACCAGAGAUAGGAAAGGCAGACUUGUUUGUAACUUGUAUUCUUAUAUAAUAUUGAUAUACC